CAUUUGGAUGGAUUUUAAAUGGAAAAGAAUAAAUAUCUAAAUAUAGAAUUGAAUGUUGCCAAAUAAGAUGUGCAAAGAUUAUUUUUAUUGACAACAUAUCAAGCACAAAAGCGUAUGCCACAGUUCAUCCAUUAUUACCAUUUACAAUGUAUGAAUGUAAGAUGAAAACUUUUUUCUCAUUUGCAUCAGACAUGGCAGUACUAUUGAAUUCUGUAGUUGCUGUAAAAACUGACACAACAGUACCGUCACAACCAAGAGAAUUAAAAGCGAUCAUCAUGUCACCCAGUCAUGUAAAAUUGAUUUGGAAAAAUUCACUUCAUAUUAAUGGUAUUUUAAAACAAUAUCUGGUUACCCUGAAGGGAUUAAAGACAUACAAUUCAUCCUUUUUACAUCAAAAAACUAUCGCCAUCAACUGUACACACUUUGAUAUACAAAAUCUUUAUCCAGGAACAACCUACUUUUUUAAUGUCAAAACAGAAAACAAUGCUUUCGUAGGACCUGCUUCCAAUAUAACAACUGCAGUUACUCCAUAUGACAAGCCCAAUGCGCCACCCAUAACUGUAGAAAAGCUCGGAAUGCAAAAAACUGUUUUAACAUUGAAUUCAGCGUCAGAUGAAACUGGACCAAUACGUUUCUACCAACUAACCAUUAAAAAAUACUGGAAGUUAGACUGUUCAUAUGGAUUAAACAAUACCACAUUAAUGAUUGAAACAGCAUCCACCCAUGUGCCUCUAAAUGUCGACAUAUACAAAGGUGUUGAAGAUGUUACUAUUGCUGGUACGAUUAGAAAGUUCUCCCUCACAGAAACAUAUCUGUUUUGCUGGAGGGCAGUUUUAAAUGAAACAGGUGUGUUGCUAUAUGGUAUCCAUAAGAGUGUUUUACUAGCACGAAAUGAUUUAAGGGCAAUUGGUAAGGCUACAAUGGUUACCUCAAACACUGUUUCAUUAAAAUUAUCCGCUGGGCCAAGCUACAUCAGGUACUAUCAAAUAAUAGUAGCAGAAGACUCUAUCAACUCUAGUUAUCCUGAACCAACUAAUCUUACACCUUAUUUUGAUUCUGUAAAGCCUGGUCAUCCAUACAUCACAUCUGAAUUUUCUGCAGCUAUGUUUAAUGAGCUGAGAAACUUUGUUGUUGGCAAUGAAAAAACAUAUGUAUCUUCUGUUCAUGAUAUUAAAUUUUUUAAUGUCAAAUUAAAACCUGGGACCACUUAUUCUAUCUAUCUGAAAUCUCUUUAUAACGAGACCAUCUUCUUUUCAUCUCCUUGGAGUUACUUUAUCACAUUGCCUCAAGUCGUUAAAGCUACCCAAAGCAUUGUGUUGGCUCGUACUGGUUCGGAAAUUUUUAUAAGCUGGAGUAUAUGUAGAGAUUUUGAAAUCGAUACAGUUAGCUGUUCAAAAAACAACUCUGUUGUGGCACUGGGAACGAACAAAAUCUUUAUACCAAACAUUCCUCUUUCAUAUAACAUAUCUGCUCAAUGUAAUGUGAGGAUCAAAUGCAAUUACAGAAAUGUUUAUUUUAAUAGUAGGAAAUUAGAAAAGGACCAAUUAAAGAAACUUUUCUCAAGUUUUGUUGAAGCUGUUUUUACUAGAGUGAAAAUUCUGUUUUAUGAAUUGUCUGCGAGUGGAAGUAAUAUAUUAACAGAGAAAGGUUUUGUGACCGAAAAUUCAAUUGAAUUUGUCAUUACCUUACAACACAAUAUAACAGCUGAUGUGAAAGAAAUUGAGAAAUUGGUUCACUUUAUUCUACAAAGAAACAGAUAUAAGCUUUUUUUACACAGUUCAGAUUUUUAAGCAGAUAUUAUCAUGACAUCAAUGGUUGUAAAGGAUUUUAAUGAAUGCGAAUCUUCAGCUAUUAAAUACUGUGAUGAUAAUGCUGUGUGCAUGAAUCUACCUGAUUGGCUAUCAUAUGCUUGUGCUUGUUCUGAAGAUUAUCAAGGAAAUGGUUUUAGCUGUGUGAAAAAAG